GGCGUGGGAUUCUAUGCGAUUGAAAAAGUUGAGUUAAAUGCCAUUUUGGGUUCUGUAUGAGUAUUUUGGGUUAAGUUGAAACAAGGGUGUGUACGUGUAUCCGGCACCAGUCAGUUUCGGUUAUCCAUUGCCUUGUCUUCUCCUUUGCCGUCGAUUCUUUCAUUUCUCCCAGAGACUAGAGAGAGAUAGAGGAAGGCGGAGAGACAAAGACAGAGAUGGGGAAGCCGAGUAUGCAGUCAGAGAGAUUUUCCGCGGAUUUUGUAAUGGCAGGAGUCGCUGCAUCGAUAUCGAAGAGCGCGGUGGCACCGAUCGAAAGGGUGAAGCUUUUAUUACAGAACCAAGGAGAGAUGUUGAAGAGAGGAAAUCUACAGAGGCCUUAUCUUGGUAUUGGAGACUGCUUUAAGAGAGUGCUCAGGGAGGAGGGUGUGUUGUCUUUUUGGAGAGGAAAUCAGGCUAAUGUCAUCCGUUAUUUCCCUACCCAGGCCUUCAACUUUGCGUUCAAGGGGUACUUCCAGAGUCUGUUUGGAUGUUCGAAAGAGAAAGAUGGAUAUGCAAAAUGGUUAGCUGGAAAUGUAGCAUCUGGCAGUGCUGCUGGAGCAACCACUUCCUUGUUUCUAUAUCACUUGGACUAUGCACGUACUCGACUAGGAACUGAUGCAAAGGAAUGCUCAAUUAAUGGUCAGCGCUCAAUUAAUGGUCAGCGCCAGUUUAAAGGGCUAUUAGAUGUUUAUAGGAAGACACUGUCAAGUGAUGGGGUUGUAGGCCUGUAUCGGGGAUUUGGUGUUUCAAUCUUGGGGAUUACCCUCUACCGUGGAAUGUACUUUGGGAUCUAUGACACAAUGAAGCCAAUUGUUCUGGUGGGGCCAUUUGAGGGAAAUUUCCUUGCCAGUUUCCUUUUAGGUUGGAGUAUUACAACAGUUUCUGGAUUCUGUGCAUACCCCUUUGAUACCAUGAGGCGAAGAAUGAUGCUGACCUCUGGACAAUCCUCCAAAUAUCGUAAUGCAUUUCAUGCCUUCCAACAGAUUGUUCGCCAGGAGGGUUUUGCUGCUCUUUUCCGAGGAGUAACUGCAAACAUGCUUCUAGGUAUGGCAGGGGCUGGAGUCCUUGCAGGUUAUGAUCAGCUGCACCGCUUUGCAUACAAACAUGGUUCUGGCUUUGAGCCACGGAGGAGAACCUUGAAGUGAAGUAUCCCGUGAUACAUAGGCUAUGAUUAUUUAUUAGGGAUUGAGCUUUCUCAGUAAAUGCAUAUAGACGACAAGGGAAAGCCUUCCAUGUAUAUAAUUUGUACAGCACAAUCAAUUAAAUUGAUUCUUUGGGCUAUGAAAAAAAUAUUAUAUAAGGUUGUUUUGGUUUGCGGUGCAAAUCUUGACCUGGUGCAAAAUUUAUACCAUUUUUGACUCUAUACCCAUUCUUUCAUUGGUGCAAAAUUGUACUUCUAUGAAGUGUCUGCAGAUUUGUCACUUGGAGCAUGCAUAGGACUUUUUUCGUCAUUGGAACAGUCAGGUUCAUUUGACUCACUUGAUAGAUUUGAGCUUUUUACUAUCAGUUAGUCAAACCACUGGAGCACACCAUUAAAGCUGAGCUUGAUGCCACUGGUGAAGGUUAUCAAAUGUGUAAUCUUGUAGCUGUACCGUCAGGAGGUUUCCCUUCCUGAUUUUUUUGGACUUUUAAUUUGUACUCACAGAUUCAUGGGCGGCUUUAAUUUUAAGCUCCCACAACCGAUAGUAGUUCUUGCAGGUGCAUUUUCUUGUGGUCUGGACGUGAAGCAGCACUUGUUCUUGCUAGAACUCUUGUUUAUAAUCUUUCUUUUUUCCUCAUCUCUUUUACAGUCUUUAA